AUAUUAUAUUUAUUUACUAAAUCUUUGAUCAUCAUUUUAAAUUUGUAUUAUAUAAUAAAUAAUAAAUAGAAUGAUUUUAAAAUUUUUGUCAAAAUUUUCGGUUCCAACUCUUCAUUUUCAAUCUCCAACAACAAAAAAUCCCAUCACAACAUUAUAUCCAACAUUAUCACCAGAAGCAGCUUCAAGAACUUCUACAAAUCGUUUUAGCAUAAUGUCAAUUGCUUCUACAGCUGAAUCUGAAAUAAAUUCUUGGUCGUCAUCAUCUGUUGAUGAAUCCUUUACUCCAAUAAAUGAUAUUAAAGAAGUUAUACCAUUAAUUUCUAUCAAUAACGAACAAGAAGUCCAUAGAGUUGCUUAUAAAACUUUACAACAAUGUAUAGAUCUAUUAAGAUGUUUACCAAGCGACGAUAAAUAUACAUAUGAAAGCAAAUUUAUCCCUUCAAGCACCAUCGGGAAACAUGUAAGACAUUUAUAUGAUCAUUUUCGAUUACUGCUUGAAUCUAAACAACUAAAGGAGAAAAGAAAACCAUCAGAUGGUAAUAUCGAUGAUUACGAUGAUCAAUAUUAUGAAGAACAAAAAGAUGAAUCUAAAUUUUGGAUCGUGAAUUAUGAUAACAGAUCAAACAACAUUCCGGUGGAAACAUUACGAUUAACAGCAAUAAAACGACUAGAACAAUUACAAACUACAAUUAUAAAUGAUUGUACUUUUAUACCAUUUAACACUCAAAUACGAGUUGAUGCUACAGUUGAUUCCGAGAUGUUAAUGGAUCCGAUUCCAUUCCAAUCUACCUAUGGAAGAGAAUUAUGGUUUUGUUGUCAUCAUGCGAUCCAUCAUUUUGCUUUGAUUAGAGUAAUUUGUGCUGAACAAAAUAUUGUGGUUCCUGAAGACUUUGGUAUUGCACCUUCUACACUUCAAAAACGAUAUAAAAUGGAACACAACAGCUAAAGAAUAAAAAAAAUAGAAAUUUUAUGUAUCUUGUUUGAUUGUUUUAUUUGAAGCAUUCAUGAAUAGAUAAGUCUUUAAAAAAUGUAAUAGUGAUAUUCUAAUAUUGAACAACUAUUAAAUUAGAACUAUCAGCAUUUAAUUUAAUUGUACUAAAAUUUCCUUUUCUUGUACAUAAUUAUUGUAAUAAUUUGAAUUAAUAAAAUUAUUUUUGAUACUUAACAACUACAG